GAAAAAAUGAAAAGUAGUGUUCAUUUUUUUUUAAAUAAAUUUAAUAACUUUAAGUUAUAUUCGUUUGACAGAAUGUCGUUAUUACAGCUUCACCUUCUUUUAUUAAAUGCAAUUAUGAUUUUUUCACGAAAAAAACCUUUAAUAUUGUGGAAUGUGUGGCAUAGGUUGACAGAAAGAAAAGGUGCUGGAUAAUCCAAAUGGAUAACAAAAGCCCAUUAUGGCCCAGCAUCUGCAGACACAACAUCAGCACGAAUUCUUACCAUUGUGUGAUGUAUUGUUUAACAUAAUUUCUUUAGCAUCAUACUUCUGCGACGUUGUCUUUGAUUUUGCAAUGGUAUAUGCUCUCGCGCAUCAUUCUGUAGCUCCUCCAAUUCUUUUUCCUUUGAGCAUUGUUCUUAUAGGAACGUCGUUAAUUAUUUCUCAGAUUAUUAGCGUACGAUGGUAUUUAUGGGGUGCCAGAGGCAGACUAACUGGUAAAAAUAUUACAGACUGUAACAUAAAUGAGAAGAAGGAAAAUGGAAAUUGGGCAAUAUGGUGUGUUUUAUUAUUGCAUUCAACUCAAGUCGGUGUAUUGUGGAGAUACUUUAAACUAUUUAUUCCAGUUAAUUUAACUUAUGUUAAACACGAGGUGAGAGAACUCUGUGUAUUACGCCUUAUUCAUGCAUUCUGUGAAGCUGCCCCAAUGUUACUUUUGCAAUUGUAUUUAUUGUCAAUUGGAGUUAACAACGAGUCAAAUGCAGAUGUUGGAAAAGGAAAAGAAAAUGAAAACAGAGACAGUGACAAGUUAGCAAAGCUAACUGCAGUAUCUGCUGGACUUUCUCUGUGGAGUGUGUGUUGGGCAGUGGCUAGUUUUAGCAAAGGUGCAGCGCGUUUGCGUAACUUAGAACGUUUGGUGUUGACAUGGCUAGGUGUGCUGGCACAACUAGCAUGGCGGCUAGGGACUGUAAGUGCUAGAGUAGGAGUAUUGGUGGCUUAUGCUUCACUCUAUGGUGGGCAAUGGCUGUUAAUCGUAAUGGCUCUCCACUGGUUGUCGAUGUUGAUGUGGUUACUACUUACACCUGAUGGUCUUUUUCAUGGUGGUGAACAUUUGCCUGUAUUAAGAAAAACAUCUUUAGCUUCGCUUCUUGCAUUUGUUUACAUAUUUGCAUAUGUAAAUUUACAUGAAACAAAUCAUCGUCAAAAAAUGGUAAUUUUUUAUACAGUAAUGUUUUUGGAAAACAGUCUGCUCAUCGGUGUGUGGAUAGUAGGAGUUAAUAGAAGCGAUCUUCUUCCACAUCAACAUCAUCCAAACCCUGUAACUUUAGUACUGACACUUUUAGCUUUAUUUUUCGGCGGUAUGUUUUUCAUGGGCCUUUAUUACAGGUUUUUUCAUGUAAGAAGAUUAAGGUAUGAAGCUGGUGGCAGAAUGACAGCUUCGAAUCUCACAACGUUACCAAAUCAGGACAAUUUGGAGGAGAAGCAAAUAGAGUAUAUGGAAGACAAAAAAGUAAACAUAAGUGUAGGGAUGAGAAGAGUUAAAUUGAGCAAUGGAGGAAUACCAGGGGUGUUUAAUUGUCGUUUUGCCAAUCCAACUGUAGUGAAUCCAAAUCGAAAAAAGAAAAAGCCAACUACGUUUGUACCACCUCCGCCACCGCAAUCUCAAACAGGAACAGUAUCAGCUUCUAUGAACACGGUAGGAGAUGCGAAACAGUGGCUUGGCAUGAACAGUAGCUCGCGUCAGUUAAUACCAUUCUGGAAAAAAUCCAUAAUAUCUUCUAACGUAAUACAGAAUGAUCAUGACAAUGAGCAAAAAAUCGGAGCGGACGCUGGAACAGGUGGUGGUUCUCUGAGCGUUAAUCUGAUAAGAGAGAAACUUCAAGAGAAAAAACAACAGCAGCUACGAGAAUUACGGGCUAUACAAGAAGAAAUAAAAGAAGGAAAGCUGUUCCCUCCGCCUUCUGCAUCGGCAUCGUCAUUCUCGUCAUCGCCUGCGUCGAAUCAGCAACCGCCGCCUAACACAAAAUUACACACUUCUCCUAGUUCUCCUUUAUUUACAUCUGCGCCAUCUGUACUUGAUCAAAAUGGAGGAGUAACGUUAUCUUCGUGGCCGCCCGUAAAAAUGCAUUGCCUUUUACCGCCACCACCAUCCUCUUCUUAUUAUCCGAACGUUCAUCCUUCGAAUUCGUGGAGGACGACGCAAAGGGAAAGAGCGGAUACGCCGGAAAUUUUACUUGCACCGCGAUGUCUUCCUCAUCAUUAUUCUUAUUGGGCACCAUCCGCUCACGUUAAUCACAGAUUACGUUCAAGUCAAAAUGGGGGAGAAGACAGUUCUAAAGGCGAAGGAGAAGUAGAAGGAGAGAUUAGCGAUAUGGAAGGUAGUCAAGUAUCGUUGCCUCGAAGUUACACGCUUCCUCGUGAAUUUAAGUAUAAUCAUCCAAAUAAUACUGCGAGAGAACGGGAACGACGCGUAGGAAGCAGUAAGGUCACAGCCUCGCGUUUCUACUUACCUUCUACCAAUAGCUCUGACGGAGAUGUAGAUAGUGCAGAUAACGAAGAUGAGACGGAUUCUGAAGUACAGUUUCGUAUGAAAAACAAUUACGGAUACAAUAAUCAUUGUGGAAUACAACAGCAACAACAGCAACAGCAGCAAAGAUAUGCGUUUGAAGACAAUGAUAAAAACGAGUUUUUACAUUCCAAUCCGGAUUCUACGGCAGCUGCUAUAAUUUCCGGGAAUUCUUAUCUAAAUAAUUCGCAAGGGCUGCUACGACCAAGUCAAUUCUUCAGAAACAGGGUUAAACACGAAACAAAGCUGUAAAGCUUUUGUUUUUUAAUAAUAUGCCUUGAGAGAUUGUAUAAUAGUUAAUUGAAGACUUGAGAUAAAAAAGACUGUACAUGUUCUAUUUUUAUAAAAUAAUUUCUUUUUUAUGUGCGUGAGAUGUCUUGUAAUAUACUAUAUUCAGAUAGAUUUCUGAGACACAAAGCAGAAGCGAACAUGGAUUUUAGAAUUUUGACAAAUAAUUUGUCGUUACUUUUCAAAUUUAAUAAGAAAGUUUCACUUGUUCCUUGUAAAGAACGGAUGAUGAUAAUACUCUAUUUUAUGUACAAACUUAAUGCACGACGGAUAACCAAGAACGUGUUUAUUUAAAUAAUUGAGUUUUAGAAAGUAAGU